AAAACCCAAUUCAAAGGUCUCAUCUUUUGCAUCAAUUCAACUAAAAGUUUCAAUCUUUCUAUCAUUUCUCCUCAGCCCAACAAAACAGGAAUCCACAUUAUUAUCAUGGUUCUCCUCAAACCCUAGAUUCUAAUCAACUCGUUACACACUUACAGGCCAAAAAUCUGAAAAUAGUCGACGGAGUCAUCAACAGGUUGAAUGCUACGGCAUGAGUUACAGAACAAAAAGGCAGCUUUCUCGCCACAGUUCCAGCAUCCGGCGCCAGAUUCCGAGCAGAAAACUCUCCCGGAGAAUCGGAGUCGUCCCUCAGCUGAAGAAUGAUGUUGCAGAGAUUCGCGAGGCAAUUGGGUUUGUGAUUGAAUCGUCGCGAGUGAAUUACACUGGUUAGUUGAAGGAUAGGUCCGUCUAAUAAGGGUGGAGAUGGAAGCCACCAUCGUCUUCGUUUUCUUCAUUACGGGAUCAGGAGAGGUUUUGGCUCUGGAGAGAUCGUCGUGUAUCGAUUACUACUACUACUUGUCCCUAAUCGAACCAGACCGAGUAAAUUGGUUUAGUGUUACAAGACCAAAACCAGAUAUUUAUCUUAUCGUACCAGACCGAGUAAAUUCGCCGCUUAUCGCCUCCGACCCGGACGGUGAAUCGGAAUACCUUCUGGGUUACCGGGUCAACCGGGUCACUGGUUACUCUACAUGGAACCAUUCGUUGUUAAGGAGAACAUCGUCGCAUCCGCUUCUUCGCCGAUGAAGAAGCGACGGAUCGAUCACACUGAGUCAGCUGAUGGUUCUGCGAUUAACGCUUCUAACUCUAGUAGCAUCGGUGGUAACGAUACGGUGAUGAACAUGGCGGAGUUUGGUAACGACAACUCCAACAAUCAGGAGUCUCAACAAGUUUGCACUUUCUUCAAGAAGCCAACGAAAAGUAAAAACAUAAGGAAAAGAACCAUUGACGCUGAUGAAGAAGACGGAGAUUCGAAAAGCGAAAGCUCUAUUUUACAAAAUCUAAAGAAAGUUGCAAAACCCGAUAGCAACUUGUACUUUUCUUCUGGACCAUCUACUAGAACGAGUGGAGCUCCUGAGAGACCCGUUUUUCACUACGAUUCAUCCAAGGAAAUCCAGGUUCAGAACGACAGUGGAGCAACAGCGACCCUUGAAACUGAAACCGACUUCAAUCAAGACGCUCGAGCUAUCCGUGAAAGAGUUCUUAAAAAAGCAGACCAUGCAUUGAAGGGGAAUAAGAAAAAGGCUUCAGAUGAGAAGCUGUACAAAGGAAUUCAUGGAUAUACAGAUCACAAAGCUGGGUUUAGAAGAGAACAAACAAUCUCGAGCGAGAAAGCUGGAGGCUCACACGGGCCUUUAAGAGCUUCUGCUCACAUCAGAGUAUCGGCUAGAUUCGAUUACCAGCCAGACAUUUGCAAGGAUUACAAGGAAACCGGAUACUGUGGAUAUGGAGAUUCGUGUAAGUUCUUGCAUGACCGUGGGGAUUACAAGCCGGGAUGGCAGAUAGAGAAAGAGUGGGAAGAGGCAGAGAAAGUUAGGAAGAGAAAUAAAGCUAUGGGAGUUGAGGAUGACGAUGAUGAGGCUGACAAGGAUAGCGACGAAGACGAAAAUGCAUUGCCCUUUGCUUGCUUCAUUUGCAGGGAGCCUUUUCUUGAUCCAGUUGUCACCAAAUGCAAGCAUUACUUCUGUGAGCAUUGUGCUUUAAAGCAUCACACGAAGAACAAGAAAUGCUUUGUGUGUAACCAACCAACAAUGGGGAUUUUCAAUGCAGCACAUGAGAUCAAGAAGAGAAUGGCUGAAGAACGGAGUAAAGCUGAACAAGGAUUGUGAAGUCCUUCUUUCACAGGACAAAAAGGCAAAAACUAUACAUUUGAUUAUUUGCUUGAGGAAAGCUUUUUGUUUUGUUGUACUCACUGGCCUAUAUACUGUAUAUUCGGAUGACGAUGGUUGUUUCAAACUGAUUAACUUUUAAAUUUAAACAAACUGAAAAAGUUUUGGAG